AUGUCCGAAGAAAAUUAUGUCAAUCUAUCUCGAGAUUUUAUAAAAUUCCUCGAGACGCAAAAAUAUUGUGAUUUGUCAAUCACAGUUGGCCAGGGUGACAGCUGUAAAACAUUUAAAGCGCAUUCGGUGAUAUUGAGUGCAAGGUCGAAAUAUUUUGAUAGAGCGUUAUCGGCAAAUUGGUCAAAAUCCGAGGGAGAUCUACUUACGUUUGAAAAACCUAAUAUAAAGCCUGAAGUAUUUGAAAUAAUAAUCAGAUAUAUGUAUGGGGGGUUAUUGAACUUAUCCGAUCAUCAACCGAUCGUAAUCCUCGAGCUUCUCGAAGCAUUUGAUGAAUUCAACAUCACAGAUCUAUUUAAAGUAAUGCAAAUGGAACUCAUCGAAAACCAUAAAGAUUGGUUAACAUGUCAUUUUUCCACUGUCCACAAAGUAUCAAAUUCACAUUCAUUUGGUCAUUUGCAAAAUUUCUGUACCAGAAUUCUUGAGGAAAAACCGACUUGUAUUUUUGAGUCCGAAGAUUUUUGCGAAUUGCCUCAAGAUGUACUGAGGGAAUUGCUGAAGAGACACGACCUACAGUUCGAAGAACUUGAUGUUUGGAUGCAUGUCAUUAAAUGGGGAAUGGCGCAGGUCCCAUUGACUGCCGGUGAAGGAGAAAGAUUUACCACAGAAUCCUGGGAAGAUAAAGAUUUCUCCAAUUUAAAAGAAAGACUGCGAGAAUUUCUUCCGCUACUAAAAUUCAAUCACAUUCCAAAAGAAGAGUUCUGGAAUAGGGUUGAACCAUUCGAAAAAAUUUUUUCUCCGGAUCAUUACAGAUCUAUUAUAUCGACUUUUUUCAGGAAGCUUCGACCAAGCAAUUCACUUUCAUCUCCACGACGGGGACCGAUUAAUUCCAACCUGAUUACCACCAGACAUGCGUCCCUGAUCUCGAGUUGGAUCGACUUUAAUGUAUCAGAUUGCGAUUAUGGAUUUGAGACCGAGGAUCCUGAGAAGAUUGUGUGGAGUAGGUUGAUACGUGAAAACUAUGCAGUACUAAAUCAUGAUAAUGCCGGUCCAUGGUUUGGUGAUUUGAGGAUCCAAGGAAAAAACUUCAAGGAUGAAUGUAAAUCCACUUGUAAACAGGAAUAUUACGAGAAACCCCUCAGGAAACUUGUCAGUGCCUUUUCCGUUGAGGAUUAUGAAGUCUUUCAGAUAAUUAAUAGAUAUAAUUCUAUCUAG